CUGUCUUUCCUCUUUUCCGCUCAUCUUCUUUGCUCUUUAACGGUUAUAUCUGUUCGCAAACCCUCACUCCUUUCUUUGGUGUGCGGUUCUACCUGCCUACAACUUUUGUUUCUUUUUUUUUGUUUUUUUAUUGACUUGUAUAAUAAUGUCUAUAUAAUUACUAUUGGAAAUGGGAUUUCUCCCAGGACAGCGCUGCACUGGGCCGCACGCCGUGGUCAUGAAAGUAUUUGUCUUUUGCUAUUGAGAAGUGGAUUCAGUAGAGAACUAAAGGACUCCGAUGGUCGAACGCCAUGGGAGGUAAGAAGAACGUUCCCACGUAUCUACAAACUUCUUUAUAUUAUUGUUGAGCAAAUGCGAGGUGUUCCGUCAAAAUCAGACGCAGUCGAAAAUGACCGUUUCGUGCCAAAUUACAUUAGGCAUCCGCCGUUCCCAUACUCCAAGUCGUCUUCAUUUGACUACGGAACAGGAGUUUCUAGUGAGUUAGUCGUAGAACGUGAAGGAAAGAUUAUAAAUUUGUUCAGUUUCUCCGAUGGAAAGGAAGCUUUCAAACGUGUAACGCUGCCAGGGGGCGCUUCAUUAACUCAUAAUCGAUACUUCGUAGUUGAGGCUUUUUUAAAUGAUUAA